GUGCAAAUUAUUUGCCUAAUAAAAAUGUUAAAAUACUUGUUGGCAGCUGUAGUUAUAGUUGCAGUGUCGGGAACGCCCUUACCAGAGGCGCGUAAAUUUCUGACUACCUCCGAUAGAGUGCAAGCUUAUGGCUAUCCUUCAGAAACGCAUGAAGUACAAACCGGUGACGGUUAUAUUUUAACACUGUUUCGCAUACCUUACUCUCCAAAGUUAAACAACAAAAACAAACCCAGAGGCGUGGUUUUCCUUCAACAUGGUCUUUUAAGUAGUUCCGAUUGUUGGAUUUUAAAUGGGCCAGAAAAUGCAUUAGCGUUUUUAUUGGCGGACGAAGGUUUUGAUGUUUGGAUGGGUAAUGCACGUGGCAACACAUAUUCUAAAGAUCAUACCACCAAAUCGUCAUGGUUGCCACCAUUCUGGGACUUCAGUUGGCACGAAAUUGGUCUGCAUGAUAUACCAACUAUGUUAGACUACGUACUCUUUAUAACCGAUGAACGUGAAUUGCAUUAUGUUGGACACUCCCAAGGCACCACUGCUUUUAUGGUCAUGCUUUCACAAUUGCCACGAUACAACAGUAAAAUCAAAACAGCUCAUAUGUUGGCUCCUGUCGGUUAUAUGACUCAUAUGACAUCUCCUUUUGCUAUCAUUGCUGCACCACUUUUGGGACAACCAACACUUUUAAGUGAGUUGAUCGGUAGUAGCGAAUUUAUGCCUAGCAAUAAACUAUUAUCAUUGCUCGGAAGUCAGGCUUGCAAAGAUAAAGCAAUUUUCCAACCUAUGUGCGAAAACAUUUUAUUCUUAAUGGGUGGAUGGGACUCUUCACAUCUCAACUCAACUUUAAUGCCUGAAAUAUGCCAAACGCAUCCAGCUGGUUCAUCUACUAAGCAAUUACUUCAUUAUCUUCAAGAAUUUAAUUCUGGUCAUUAUCGACAAUAUGAUCACGGCAAAACAUUAAACAAGAGUUAUUACAAACAAAAGAAUCCACCAGAUUACUUUAUUGAGAAUAUCCGUCCAUUAACUCCACUUCAGUUCUACUACAGUGACAAUGAUUACUUUGCUGCCGUUGUUGAUGUAGAACAAUUGGCCGAUGAGUUGGGAAGAAAUGUUGAUUUACAUCACGUUAAAUACGAAGACUGGAAUCAUCUUGAUUACCUUUGGGCUAUAGAUGUUAAGGAAACUAUUUACGAUGAUGUUAUAGAACGAAUUAAUGCAUAUGAAUCUUAAAAAUAAUAGCCAAAAAAUCUGUGUUUAUCAGUUUUUCAUAAAACCUGAAGCGAUUUUGUAAAAAUGUAUCUAAAAUCGGUCAAAUCAAUAAAGUUUUCAUAAGUAACAUUA